AUGGAAUAUUAUUCAAGUGACACUAAUAGCCCAUCACAGGGGAAGGAUGGUACUAGAAUUAUUAUGGGUCAUAAUUCAUACGAUGACCCUGAUUCUUCAAACUCUCGUUCCUCUACUGACAGUAAAAAAAAUAUUUCUACUGAAAAACAUGUUAUAGAUCUUGAAGAAAAAUUUCAAGGUGAUACUAUAUACCAGUUAUCAAGUAGAAAUAGUUUUCAUGAUGAGAGUAGCUAUUCUCCAAAACCUGGUAAGAUAGAAAGAUUUUUUAAGUCAUUAAAUGCAGAAACGAAUGGUAUAGAACCAAUACCAGAUGAACAAAAAACAGAUAAUUCUUUGCUUAAUGCCGCUUCAAUGUGGUUUUCUGCAAAUCUAGUGUUAGCUUCUUAUUCUUUAGGGGUUCUUGGUACUGCAGUUUAUGGUCUAAAUUUUGGUCAGUCAGCUAUGGUAAUUAUUUUUUUUAAUAUAAUUGGUCUUCUUCCUGUGGCUUUUUUUUCAGUUUUUGGAGCUCAAUUAUCUAUGAGACAAAUGAUUCUAUCACGAUUUUUAAUUGGUAAUGUCACUGCAAGAAUUUUUUCAAUUUUUAAUACCAUUGCUUGUGGAGGAUGGGUGGUUGUUAAUACAAUUGCAGCUGCACAAUUACUGAAUAUGGUAAAUAUUGGUUCUGGUCAUAAUGCACCACUUUGGGCCGGUUGUUUAAUUGUUAUUGGAGGAACACUACUUGUUUCAUUUUUUGGUUAUGGAUUUAUUCAUACUUAUGAGAAAUAUUCCUGGAUUCCAAAUUUUGCAAUCUUUUUAGUAAUCAUUGCAAGAUUAAAGAUGUCUGGUCAAUAUGAAGAAGGUCCAUGGACUGGUGGACGUACUACAGCGGGGAAUGUUUUGAGUUUUGGUUCUACAGUCUUUGGAUUUGCUGCUGGCUGGACCACUUAUGCAGCUGAUUAUACUGUGUACAUGCCAAAAUCAACCAAUAAAUGUAAGAUUUUUUUUGCUUUGGUUGCUGGAUUAUCAUUCCCACUAUUUUUUACCCAACUAAUUGGUGCAGCAGCCGGUACGGGUGUUAUCAAGAAUGCACAAUGGGCAAAAUUAUAUGACAAAAAUGGAACUGGUGGUCUAACUUAUGGGAUUAUUGUUCAAGACUCUCUUCAUGGUUUUGGCCAAUUUUGCUGUGUUUUGUUAGCAAUGUCUACGGUAGCAAUAAAUAUACCAGGUAUUUAUACACUUUCAAUGUCUGUCCCUGCUAUUUGGUCAAAAUUAAAUAAAGUUCCAAGAAUAUUUUGGACUUUUGCAUCGAAUGCUGUCAUCCUCGGUAUUGCCAUUCCAGCUUGUUAUUAUUUUACAAGUUUCAUGCAGAAUUUUAUGGAUUCAAUAAGUUACUUUCUUGCUAUCUAUAUUGCAAUGUCAUUGUCAGAACAUUUCAUUUAUAGAAAAGGAAAGUUUGAAAAUUACAAUAUUGAAGAUUGGAACAAUCCAAAAAAUUUACCAAUUGGUUAUGCAGGAGUUUCAGGUUUAAUUGUUGGUGCUUUUGGUGUGGCAAUAGGAAUGGUUCAGACUUACUGGAGAGGAGAAAUUGGUAGAUUGAUCGGUAAAGAUGGUGGUGACAUUGGUUUCGAGCUUGGGUUGUCUUGGUCCUUUAUUGCAUAUAAUUUAAUAAGACCAUUAGAAUUAAAAUACUUUGGUAGAUGA